AUGACGGACAACCCCAACUCCGGCUCGCUCGACCUAACCGACAGGCAGCAAACCGCUGGUUCGCCCAGUAAGCGUCGGUCGCCAGAGGCAGAAGGCGACCAGUCCCUCGCCAAAAGACAAAAAACCCCCGAACAAGAGCUUUCGACUAAGCAAACCGCGACGCCAGGCCGAGGGCGUUUAAAAGGAAACAACAAGUCAGACGGCCAGGACUUUGUCGGCGCCCCUCGCGAGAAGAAAAAACUUUGGGGCGAAGGUGACCCGACAAUUGCGCGCGCGCCAGCCCAGGCAUCCCGAGGGGGGCGAGCGAUGGCUUCAACGGAAGCCAAUCGCGGCGAACCAGGCCCCAGCAGCAGACAUGUGGGAGGAGGGGAGCCUCCGGGCGAGCAAGUCAACCAGUUACAAAAGCAGCCGGAAACACGGCCCAUCAGCCAAGAUCAACUGAUUGCCGAGGUCAAGGGGAUUUACUCUGGCCUCGUAAUGGUCGAGUCGAGGUGUAUCGAUGUUGAUAGUGCCCAGACAUCACUGCCAGAUGGUCAGGACACAUCCAAGUUGACCGACGACCAAUGGCAAGCCUUGAUAUCACUCCACCGCGCGCUACUUCAUGAACACCAUGACUUUUUCCUCGCAUCACAGCACCCCUCUGCCGGGCCUGCCCUUAGACGUUUGGCGUCCAAGUAUGCCAUGCCGGCACGCAUGUGGCGGCACGGUAUCCACAGUUUCCUCGAGCUGCUCCGCCAUCGCCUGCCAGCUUCGUCCGAGUAUAUGCUUAGCUUCAUCUAUUUAGCGUAUAGCAUGAUGGCACUGCUGUAUGAGACUGUGCCUGCUUUCGAGGAUACAUGGAUCGAGUGCCUGGGAGAUCUCUCGCGUUAUAGGAUGGCGAUUGAGGACGACGAUGUGCACGACAGGAAUGUGUGGACUGCCGUCUCUCGUAGCUGGUACUCGAAAGCCAGUGACAAGGCGCCGACGACUGGCAGGCUGCACCACCACCUGGCUAUACUCGCUCGGCCCGACGUCGUUGCCCAGCUAUUCUACUACCUGAAGAGCUUGACCGUAGCAAUCCCCUUCAAGAGUGCGAGGGACAGCAUCCUUACGUUGUUCGAGCCUGUCAUCUCUGGUUCCCAGAGCAAGCUUCCUGCCAUUAACCGCGCCUUCAUCCAAGUCCACGCUGUCUUGUUUACCAACAAGAACGAGCAAAUUCUUGAGGGGGCUCUCAAGGAGUUCCGGGACAAUCUUGACCUCGAAAUCGCGAGGAGCACUAGGAAGUGGCUAAAGCCGGGAUACGAAAUCGCACUUUCCAACACGGCAGCGGUUCUUGGCCAUGGCAGUGCCAACAACGCCCUGAUGAAAGCUAUCGCAGCGUCGCGCCCUGAAGAUUCCGGUGCGGAUUCCACUAUGGAGGGUGCCGCCGACGACGAGAUUGAAUGGCCGCUCAGGGUUCAGCAGGCUGUCAAAUUUUCCCAAGACACCGACAAAAUUGUUAUGGCGCGUUUGGGCGACCCGAACAUCCUCUCGUACCUGCACGCGCGGCUCUUCUUUAUGUACGCCAUGUCCAGCAUCGAUGUUGCUAUGGGCCGUCUCGAGUUGGCGUUCCCUUGGCACUUGCUCUGCCUUUCGCUCAACUCUUUCAUCCCCGACUUUGAGCACCCCGAGACGUACGAGUCGGCCGAGUUCCCCAAGACUCCAACCAAGCCCCUCCCCGAGGACUGGGCGCUGCGCGGGUUGGUCUGGACGGAGCACGCGUUCCCUGCGGAGCACUUCAAAAUCGACAAGUCAGAGGACGACGAGCGCGACUUCGAGACCCCCUCGCUUGGUGACCACCGGCGGGAGCGCGGCCUAUGGCUUGCUUGCCGCAUCGCCGAAAAGGACAGGUGGAUCAAGUAUGACAAGACUACCCGCCGCUUCAGUCCCCUCCCCAAGUACGAGGACCCCGACGUCGACGCCCGCCCCUCCCCGGCCAAGACCGCCCCGGAAGACGACGAGAUGCUCCCGGACGCCGAGCCGACGGGGGUCGCUGGCGCAGGCGGCGCCCCGCCGGAGCGGGAGAGCCAGGAGCCGCCCGCGGCUGGGCCGUCGCCUGCGCCCGUGACCAUCGUGCAGGCGGACCGGACGUCCCAGGACAAAAGUUGA